AUGCAGUGUAAAAUUAAUGAAACUGAUCUAAGGACAGACAAGAAGCUACAAAGUGGUUUUUCUUUUGAAAUUAUCAUGACAAAGCUGCAAGUCCUCGAGUACGACAUGAUGCAAAAGGAUCAACAAAGCAAGGAGAUGAUCAAUUCUCUAUCGUUGAAUGUAGCAAAUUUGUUAAAGUCCGUUGAACUGCUCGCCGGACUGGCACAGCCUUUGCUCAGUGGAAUACGUGGAAGUAACUACACAUCGUGCAAAAUGCGACCUUUACUCGACUCUGGAGUGUAUCAAAUUCAGCCCGAGAAACCGUUCAAGGAGCCGAUGACCGUGUUGUGCGAUCAAAAGUACGAGUCCGGUGGAUGGACCGUUAUUCUAAACCGGUUCGACGGGUCGGUGAAUUUUUACCGAGGCUGGCAGGAGUAUAAGAAUGGUUUCGGUACCUUAGAAGGCGAGUUCUGGUUGGGCUUGGAUCGCAUCCAUCAGCUGACCGCGUCGAAACCACACGAACUAGUGGUGCUGCUGGAAGACUACGAUGGAAAUAAAACAAACGCAAAGUACGAUCGCUUUGAGAUUGGAGACGAGAGCCAAAAGUAUGUGUUAAAGUCGCUCGGAGGGUAUUUGGGAACGGCUGGUAAUGCGAUGAACGAUCUGGUAGGAAUGAAGUUUACAACACUUGAUGCCGAUAACGACGCGUGGAACAAGAACUGCGCUGUUUCAUUCACUGGUGCAUGGUGGUAUAAAGACUGCCAUAGGAGCAAUCUCAAUGGAAAAUAUUUACGCGGAGAAACAAAAGAGUUCGCUACGGGCAUGGUAUGGCAGCCUUUUCGUGGAUAUCAUCAUUCUCUGAAAACAGCGAAAAUGAUGAUCAGGCCGUUAAAUUGA